AUGUUCGAAGUCGUAUCUUCUCAAACAUUUGUUAGUAAGAAAGCAUCUCUUUCUUGUCCUGUGAUAACUUACAAUCAUCGCCGACUUAAAGGCUUCACGUUCAAAACAAUUCACCUUGCAAGCCUGAUAUCCUGUGGUUUGCUAUGUCAGAGAGACCCUCGAUGCGUUUCAACAAAUUUCAGAAAAGUUUUCAAAAGUGAAGGAACCUGUGAGUUGAACGACAGAGGAGUUCUCCUUACUGGGAAAGGAAACGAAUUGGAAUACGACGAAGAAGCAAUUUACACUCAAUUUUACGACACGAAGGUAACAAAAAAAUCUCGAUAAAAGACCAAGAAGAAGGUGUUAUUGACUCCUCGAGACACUUCUCUUUCAUUUGUGGUAUCUUUCUCAUAAAAUCGUCAUAUUUCGACGACAGAUGUGAAAACUUUCCAUCUGUCAUAUUUUUCUUUGAAUGUUUUUAUCGUUUGGUCCUAAAGUAGUUUGACGUGUAUGCGGGUAAAAUGGUGAUUUUUCAUCUUCUUCCUUUAGAGGCGAAUAGACUACAUUUCAUUGAGUGCUGAUAAUCAAAAUGGUCUAUGGUCAUUCAAAAUAAAAUAAGCAAUUUUUCCAGAUAACUGGUAAUUUAAAUCUCAGUAUCAUUGGAUUCAAUGUAUGCAAACUGCUCCGAAGCUCAAUAAAGUUAAAUAUUUUUUAAGUUGAAAGUUCUUAAAUAAAUUGAGGUGGACCGAAAGUAGGUCAUACGGAUUUAGUACACAAAAUUCAGUAUAAAAUUUAGCUUGAAGCUAAAACUUUCAAGAUGUAUCUAAAGGCCUUCAAUUAGCUCACUUGUGCAGUCUCCAUUCGGUGAUGAACCCGGAAGACUAAGUGAUCUUCCGAUAAAAUAAAAAAUGAAUGAUUUUUUGUUUUCAGUACCACUGUCAGGCCUUCAAGGAAGAUCUAAAAGUCGUCAACUGCAAAUGUAAGUAGCGUUGGUUUGAAGGGUAUCCUUGAGAUUAAAGUCAACGACUUCGUGGUUAAAUUACAAUGAGUUACUUGUCCCAGCUGCUUCUUGUCUCUCCGCUAAUAGGUGCGGAGUCUGCCGUCCUCGCGAACCUUCGCGGACCCUCACAAACAUUCCCGAACCUGCUUGAAACAUUUCGAUUCUUACAUUUUCCUUAAAAGUCCUCGAAUGUUGUCAAAAAAAUUGCCAAGGAAAAUGUUGCCUAGUUUACUUCUAAAUUAAAGUAAAAAUCAAGGCUUUAAUUCCCAUGAGUGACCAAGACAGAAUUUCUCCUUACAAUAACCAUACAAUAUCAAUCAGACAGGUGAUGAGAAUAAUGAAGAAUAUAAGUUUGAGGAUUUUCUAGUUGAUCCAGUACCAAAUUCUCAGAACUAGCAUCAUAAGAGUUGUAUAGCAGACAGUAAGGAGAAUUACUAAUGAGAUUUUGGGCACUAAAGGGUAAAGGAAACAAGAACCUACUGAAGAGGCCGAGGACACUCACUGCGUUAUUCACAAUUUCAAAUGCCGAUGUGCCUACCAAAUACACCGCGAAAACAUGAUAGCGUUGAGUCAUCAAUGGGAAGCAAUUUAAACAAAUCCAGAAAAUAGACAAGGCAAACUUCAGGGAUCCAAAAACGAUUGGAUACUCCAAAGGUGCCGCGAAUUUUCAUUUGUAGUAGAGCUUCGACCAUCACUUGUAAGUCGGAGAGAUUUAACUCACGUGAAAGUUUUUAUCGUUAUCAAAUUUUUUUAUCAUAAUGCUUGAGAUAAAGUGGGAGGGUGAGACUGCACUUACUUUUACAUUUCUAUUCAAACGUUUUCAAAAUCCUCCUUUUAUUUCUAUUCAACCGUUCUCAAAAUCCUCCUUUGUUCUAUGAUAAACAAAUCAAUGUCCGUGCGAUUGCAUUUGUCUGUCUCAAUUUCAGGUGCGGAAUCACCAAAAGCCCCAGUUCCCCUCGGCAUGGAAAGCGGUGCUAUUUUUGACUCACAGAUCACCGCUUCUUCCGUGUAUAAUGAUAACCUUGCCGCACGGAAUGCUAGAUUACAUUUUAAAGGAUCCGAAAACCCGCUUAGACGUGCUGGCUGGGUAGCUGGAGUGAAAAACACUAACCAAUGGCUGCAAGUGGAUCUUCAGCAAACCACAAGGGUAAUAGGCAUAGCGACGCAGGGGAGACAUGAUUUCGAUCAGUGGGUUACUAAAUACAAGCUGCAAUAUGGCGAUGAUGGACAAACUUUCAGAGUUUACAAGCGAAACGGAGACAUAUCAGACACGGUAUGAAAAAAUAUGCUUAAUUGAAAAAACCUUUUUGCGGAGAAAAAGUCCCCCAUGAGGAAUAGAACCUUUUUGUAUUCUGCAUUCUAAUUUUCUUCCACUGAGCCACAAAGCAGUUACACUAGGCUGGGCCAUAUACUCUCUGUCAUUGAACCAACAGAAAAGCAUUCACGAAAGUUAUAGGUUAAGAGUAACUCGUACUGUAAAAACGUACGUGCGUACUUACGCUCGUUAAUUUUACGCCCAAAUAUAUUCUACUCAGGUUUUUCCAGGAAACAAGGACAGAGACACAGUAGUUUACCACGAUCUUAA